CGGCGGGAGAGGCCCGUCAGCGCAGGGCGGGGCGGAGUGGAGCGGCCGGCGGGCGGGCGGGCGGCACUACGGCGACGGCCAUUACGGGAGGCUGCGGCCCUGCCUGCCGCCGGGCCUGAGGAGGGCCGCUGCCGCCGCCCCAACGCGGAGCUCCAGCUUGUCCCAGCUUAAGCAAAUGAAUGAAUGAGGAAGAACCUCCCUCUCCUCUGAUGCAUAGGGAUGUUGUAUUUCACCUUGAGAACAUGCUGGAACUGAGUCUGUACCAGAAGCAGCUUUUGAAGGAUGUGUAUAUACUGAAAAAUUGACUGAAUGGAAGGUUCAGGUGCUGAUGUUGUACUAGUCUUGCUCCCCUGCUUUGAGCCAGCAUGUCGAAGAAAUCAGAGACUCAGCUUUCCUUGUCUGACUGCCUCUGCCAAAUUUGCAUGGAGAUCUUUAUAGAGCCUGUGACGCUGCCAUGCAACCAUACCCUCUGUAAUUCUUGUUUCCAGCUGACCGUUGAAAAGGCCAGUCUUUGUUGCCCUUUUUGUCGGCGUCGAGUCUCUUCUUGGGCACGAUAUAAUGCCCGCAGAAAUACUCUUGUCAACUGGGAGCUCUGGGAAAAGAUUCAGAAGAAUUACCCGAAGGAGUGUGAGCGGAGGAUUAAUGGACAGGAUUUGGAAGAGGAAAUCUGUGUCCCUCAUCCGCAACACCAGCUGAGCAAGCCUGGGGAACUGAGGCAGGAAUAUGAAGCAGAGAUUAGCAAGGUAGAGGCAGAAAGGCGAGCACAUGAGCAAGAGGAAAACAAGGCAAGUGAGGAAUACAUUCAACGGCUUCUAGCAGAAGAGGAGGAGGAACACAGAUUGGCAGAAGAGAGACGGAGGGAGAUGGAGGAACAGCUGAAGCAAGAUGAAGAGUUGGCCUGGCAGCUGAAUAACAGUCUGAACAAUGAUUCCAAAGGACAUGUGUUCAGCAGCCCUUCACCAGCAGGCAGCCUCUCAUCUGAAACAUCCCCAGCUACUUUGUGCAAAGUGAAGUUCAAAGCAAGCAGCUUUGGAGACAUUCAGAAGUAUCUGUCUCCAAAGCUUCAUCACACAUUGGGAUCAGCCACCUUCUCUAGAACAACAGAAGGAGGCAGGAGUGACUCCGGCCCUGCAGAGUCCAGCAGCAAUGAAGGCAGCAGUUCUGUAUGGCAAGAUGAGCAAGAGGAAAUGCCAACACUGUCUCCGCAACUGACCAUGGAUCAGGGUGCGAUUAAAGAUUCCAGUGCUAAGGAUUCAUUUUUGGAAUCAUGCAUGAACUACUUCAGUGCCUCAGCUUCAGGGGAAACAGCUGUUGCCAAGCAGGAAAAAACACCAGGACCAAAGUGUCUAGGAGACAAAGUUCCAGAUGCGCUUUGUGAAAUUGCAAAAGAGGAAGUGUCUAGAACAGUUCUUUGUAGCUCCCAAGGAGGAGUUGAUGGAAUCGAGUCAGACAGUGUCAGUUUAAUACAUGUAGAAAGCAUAAACCUUGAAAACUCUGCUGAAACUUGUACCUGUAUUCAGUCAGCAACAAAUUAUGUGAUGUCUGACAGCAAAAGCGUAAUAUAUGAUCUCACGGAGGUAGCUGGACACUCAGGUGAAGAGAAACCAGAGAGACUGCAGAACACUAAGGAGACUCCAAAAAGAAAGUUGCUGGAGCCACCAGCUGAAGCAGUGAUUGACUUUUGCGUGCUUGAUAAGAAGAGAAGAACUUUUUCGGAAAGUUUAGAGGACCAAGGGGAGCAGUUAAAUGAUUUUAACUUGCAAUUGCAGAAGGCCGUUGAGCAGGAUUUCUAUGAAAGGCGUAUGCAAGAGGAGCAGGACAGGCUUCUGGCUCUGCAGCUGCAAAAGCAGAUCAACAAGGAGGAAAGGACACUUAAUCGACAAAAGGGCUCUCCAGAUGAGUAUCUUCUUCGUGCCAAGCCACCUCAGUCUGUGAAAGACUCUUCUGGUAGAAAGGGAAGUUCUAAGAUGGCAAAAGACUCAAAGGUGCCAAAAAAACAGGCUGAAACAAAUCACCGCAAGAGUCGGAAAGGUUCUUGCAAUGAAAAUUGGCAGUCCCCUACCAGAGUCCGAAUGAAAUCGCCCGGCAUCAAGGGAGGAAAAGUGUUGAAUUGCGUGGUUAAUACCAGUGACACAAAUGAUGUUUAUUCACUAUCUAAAAAUAAGCAAAAGACGAUCCUUCAGAUGUUUAAAAGCUCUGUCAUGGAGUAGAUUAACAGAACCACAGACACAUGGUGGAAUGAGAAUUAAAACCAUGGUAAUGCUUUGUCCUGUGUUAAGCAAAGCUUCCUGUAACAACUUUAAAACUGUUUGGGUUUGAGGGGGAUUGCUUUGAGUCGCAAAGUUGUGUAUUGUUAGAAGUUUUAAUAAUGGAUGCCCCCAGACUUCAAAAAAUGUUACUGAUCUUUCUUGACUACAGCUUAUUUUCUACCACUUGAAUUUACAUAAUCUUGAAUGUGAAUACUGCUAGUGUUUAAAGCCAAAAACAACUGAUGGCCUUAUCUUAGAAUGAGAAUUCAGGGCCCUUUUUGGAAAGGAUGCACAUUCCACAGAGGAAACAAGUGAAAAAAUGGGUCUGUAUUUCCAGUUGUCUGCCAGCUGCAACGUUGAUGCUUUACUUGACACAACCAGUGCUCUGUUAGCCUAAAGUCCAGUAAAGUGCUUUAGUUUAUUUGUUGAAUUGCUUUGUUUGCAUGACAGUUAACAACAGUAUAACCAGACAGCCAGUCUUGCAGACACACUCUUUCCCUCUCAUAUACUGACUCCUUUCUUAGACACAGAGGGAAAAAACAGGUCAUUCUCCCACUGCCAGAGCCAAGGAUCUUUCACAGAUGCCAAUAGUAUAAGUGGUGGUGGGCUUGUAUAUGCUUCUGUUCAAAGGUCACUUCUGCGAUCUGACUCUCACUGUUAGGAAAAAGAUACUUUUGUUGUCUUACUGCUAGCGUUCCGCAGCUUUUCUUGUAUGAUAGUAUUACCUGUAUUUAGUGCUAUUUAAUUUUCAUACUCAAACUGGUUUGAGUCUGAUCAAAACCACAUAAUAUUAGAAAAAUAGUUCAGAAGACAGUUAUGUUGCAGAAAGUUAAACCAAAAAGGGGGAAAAGCGACUGAAAACUGGCGUUGUCAGUAAUGACAUAACCAUAAUUAAAGAUUCACAUAACAGCCAUGCCUGGCGGUAACCAUUCCCGCUCCCAUUUUUAGAGGGACUAACAAAUAUUGUCUUCCAGUUGGGUUUAAAACUAGCAUCAUUCAAAAGAAUUACAAUUUAGGUAUAUGGGAAGGCUGAGGCCUGUAGGAAGUUGAGGCUGGUGAAGAGUUGAUUAGUUGCUAGCUGGUUUCAUAAUAGCAAUAGAUAAAGCAAUCUUUUGGCUUUUCUCUUCUUGUAACGAGAUACUUUUCUGCUGUACAUGUUUGAAAGGGAACAAAGCAGCAAUCUGUUGCUGAAGUGCGUGUGCUAAUCACCAAAGCUUGCAAAUUAUUUAAAUGAGUACUUUUGAACCUCACUGAUGAUUUAUAGUCUUUAACUUGGUUCUGAGAAAUUUAUAACAAAAUACUUCAAAGUGGUAUCUUCUGAUGUUUGAAGUUAAAAAAAAUCAGUUUGAAUUUUAUUGAAAACAUGAACAGCACACCAAGCCAAAAAUGGGAAUUGGUUUUUUUGCUUUACCUGCGUGUUUCUAUUAAGGUGGGCUUCUCAUAAAUAAAUGAUCUAUUCUAAGACUUCUUGAGAAAGUUGCAACAGGUGACCAGUUGCAAAUCAUUCUGUUCCUCUUGCUGCUCACCCAUUUUGCUGGAAGCUGUCCUUCAAUAUAGAUCUGUUUCUGUUUAAUCCUUACCAUUGUCUGGGUUAUUUUCUGUCUUACCCAGGCAGUUUAGUAUAAUCCUUAAUUAAUUAAUUAAGGCAGAGGUAUUGACUGUUUUCAUGAUCAUGACACUUGGCCAUUCCAGUCAUGAUAAGCAUGUAGGAAAUAAACUCUCCAUUUUCAAAACA